AUGUCCCUCACCUGGAGAAUAUCCCUCAAGGGGGAAACCGCCGACCAGCCAGAGGACUACCUCUCCACGGCCCUCGGCGUCAUCUUCCCCGACGACAUCACCAACCAGCACGGCGACGCAGAGCACUCCCUCUCGUAUGCAUCGCCGCACCUCCCCAAGACUCUCCUCAUCGACCUCGCCGACCCCGUCAAGGAGGAUGACCGCAAGCUCUUCUCUCACUACCUCUGGAACGCAUCUCUCCUGCUCGCCGAGUUCAUCGAGGCUGACUCGUUGGGUGUUCCCCUCGAAAAACCCCGCGAGGCGCAGGAUAGUCUUUCGUUUGAUGUCAAGGGGUUGGAUACGCUCGAGCUCGGUGCUGGAACUGCGCUUCCUAGCAUCAUGGGAGGGUUGUUGGGCGCCAAGAGAGUCGUCGUGACCGAUUAUCCAGCUGAACCCGUCCUCAAGACCCUCCGCACAAACGUCGCCCGUAACAUCCAACCCCCCUUCUCACCAUCCCCCGAACUAGUAACACCAACAUCGUCCAUCGUCGUCGAGGGCCAUUCGUGGGGCGAGUUGACAGAUUCCCUAAGCUCUUCCAACCAACACGCUUUCGACCGUGUUAUUGUCGCCGACUGUCUCUGGAUGCCCUGGCAGCACGCCAACCUCCACCGCUCCAUCGCCUUCUUCCUACGGCGUACACCUGGUGCUCGUUGCUGGGUCGUCGCUGGCUUCCAUACGGGUCGGGAAAAGAUGCGUGGUUUUUACGCUGCGGAAGCGUUGAAGGAGGUCGGGCUCGAGGUCGAGAGGAUCUGGGAGAGGGACUGCAACGGCGAGGAGAGACCGUGGGAUACCGACAGAGAAGACGACGUCACCGUGAGGAAGAGAUGGCUUGUCGUCGCCUCGCUCAAGUGGAUUUCGACAUCGUGA